AUUAUUUUAAGAUUUGGAAAGCUGACCCCCCUACUAAAAUUCUUAGCUCCGCCGCUAAAUGAGGAGGUGUGACUAUGGUCAAGUAGAUUUGCUAGGCUCCAAGGCAUUCAAUGCUCAAUUGCUGGGAAGAAUUUGUACAUACGAUUUACCUGUAGUACAGGGGAUGCAAUGGGGAUGAACAUGGUGUCGAAAGGGGUUGACAAUACCCUUGAAUUCCUGCGAAGAAAUGAUUUUCCUGACAUGGAUGUUAUUGGCAUCUCGGGAAACUUCUGUUCAGACAAGAAAGCUGCUGCAGUAAACUGGAUUGAAGGGCGAGGAAAAUCAGUGGUGUGUGAGGCAAUCAUUAGGGAAGAGGUGGUGAAAAACGUUUUGAAAACCAGCGUUGCUGCACUUGUUGAGCUCAACAUGCUCAAGAAUCUUGCAGGUUCAGCUGUUGCCGGUGCUCUUGGUGGAUUUAAUGCCCAUGCUGGCAACAUUGUCACUGCAGUCUUUAUUGCAACUGGCCAGGACCCGGCGCAAAAUGUUGAGAGUUCCCAGUGUAUUACCAUGAUGGAAGCUGUGAAUGAUGGAAAGGAUCUCCACAUCUCUGUCUCUAUGCCUUCCAUUGAGGUGGGCACUGUUGGUGGUGGGACUCAACUUGCAUCUCAAUCUGCUUGUUUAAAUCUGCUCGGGGUGAAGGGUGCUAGCAAAGACUUGCCCGGUUCAAACUCAAGGCUCUUAGCCUCCAUUGUAGCCGGUUCAGUUCUAGCUGGGGAACUGUCCUUGAUGUCUGCCAUCGCAGCAGGUCAACUUGUUAGUAGCCACAUGAAAUACAAUAGAUCCAGCAAAGAUGUAUCCAAGGUGUCUGCAUGAUGCGGUCCCAUUGCAUCAAUUUAAAUGAAUUAGAAAUAAUAAUUAACAAGAGGUGGAGAGCAAAGACGGAAGAUGGGGUCGGCAAGUUGAAAAGACAGCCUCCCUGUUUCCCAUGUGAAUUGCUUGGCUAAUUCAGCUGUAAAGAUUGCUGAUUGAAGAUGCAGCUGUACUCUAAGUGUAUGGUCUUACCUCAUGUGCUUUUCCUUUCUCUCUCUCUCUCUUUGUUGGUUGCGUGUCUAUCAUCAUGUGCUUGUGGUUUGGGACCAAAGCAUUUGUUGUCUUCAUCUUUGUCUUUUUCUUCUUCUUAGGAUUUGGUCUGUAAUUGCCUCACCUCUAUGCUUUAUGUAUAUUUUUAUUUAUGAAGUGUUAAGUUUCACCAUC